GUUUCUUUUACAUACUCCUUGUCAUUUUAUGAUGUUUCUUAAAAGUUUGUUGUGGUAACCGUUAUUAAAUACUGUUGGCUUUACAAACUCCGAAUAAGUAGAAAAGGUCUGUAAGAAAUGACAGUUAUUGAGGAUUUUAAAUCGGCGUCAUUAUGGAUGAAGUUGGCUUUGUGUUUUCUUGCGGUUGCCUUAGUUUUUGCCUGCGUCUCCUUUACAACAACAGGAUGGGGUAGCGCUACCAACAUUGCAACUUCCUCUGCGCAAUAUUAUGGAUUAUGGCGGAUAUGUAGCGAUGCUGAUCAAAUUACAGCAUGUCAACAGCUUGAUGGAACAGCAACAGACUGGUAUGCAGCUACUCAAGCAAUGGUAUCAUUCGGCUUCUCUGGUAUACUGAUAUCAUUUUUCCUCUUGAUUCUUUUCUUGUUUAUAAAUAGUUGCAAAACUAAUGGACAGAUAGGACUUGCUGCUGGAAUCGUCAGUAUUGUAACUGGUAUUUUAUAUCUCAUAGGAUGCAUAGUAUUUGGUACACAGUGGGACAAAUAUUAUAAAGAUACACCAAUCACUGACUAUGCGUUGGAAUACGGGUUUGCUUUAUCGAUUGUCGCCCUUGUUUUGGAAAUAACAGCUGGCGUGUUUCUGAUAAUUGAAACAAAAAGAGCGGUUAAGUCUUAACACUUUUAUACAACUUUACGGAGUAGUGUGUUGCUUUUAUAAAUUUCGUUGCAAUUACAGUUAACAUUAUAUCUUAAUUUGUUAACAUGCAGGUACGAAAUGCUAUGUCUUGUAUUCAUAGGACUUUCAGGAAACGGGAGGAAAACUAGGAGCCUAAUAAAAACCCUCCCGUCACAUACUUCAUUAAUAUAGACAAUACUAGACAUCAACCUAUACAAAUUUUAUGAUAAUUGAAACCAAUGUAACCAAUGCUAUGUGUAUAUUAUGGAUUUAGAAGCUUAUUUUUUUGUAUCCAAAAGUGUUGACUGAAGCACAUUAUGUACGAGCCCGCGCUAAAUGUUUAAAUGUGCUCACGAUCAACGCGUUUACAACCAUUUAAAUUACAAUAUUACAAUUUUAUUU